CUGGGAAGGGAUUGGGAGGGUCUGUAGGUGAACUGGGUUGGGACUGGAAUAUACUGGUGAGUUCAUGCUGUUUUUCUGGACCUGGAUUCACCGAGUGAGGACAAAAAGGUGUACAGGCCACCAUACCAGCCCUAUCCUCUGAGCUGGUCAAGUUCUUGGAGACCACACAAUGCCUGUGGAUGUCAGAGCAGGAGCACUUGGCAGCGCAGACACGGCCCUUCAACCUCAAGCACGACAUCUCCAUCCCUGACGGGCAAGAGGAGCUCAUCAAGGCCACUAUCGUGUCCUGCAACAGCACCAAGGUCACCAUGCAGACUGAGUAUGGGCAAGGUGGGCUACAAAAAUGGUGAAAAUUGGCCCUGAAAUGGCCCAAAUUACCCCCAGAAUGGCAUCUGGAGUCAUCCCAAGAUCGUGUCUGGAGUUGCCCCAAAAAAGUUGCCCAUAUUGCCCUCAGAAUUGCCCAAAUUACUCCCCAAAUUGCCCGCAUUGCCCCAGCUAGACUCAUAUCAAAAUGGCCCAGAUCAUCCUCAAAAUGGUAGUUGGAGUCAUCCCAAAAUGGCAGCCUGAAUUACCCCCAAGAUGGUCCAAAUCACCCCCAAAAUGAUGCAAAUAACCCCCAAACAGUGGGUGGAAUCAUCCCAAAAUGGUGUCCACUCAUCAAAAAAUGGCUUCACAAAUCAUCCUCAAAUGCCUAUGGUACCCCUAAAGACCCAAAGGCAGCCCAGAAUGUCUCCUUCAUCACCCAUGGGACUCCAAGACCCCAAAUACCUCUUCCAUUACCGAUAGGACACCAUGCCCCCAAACCUUCUUCUCCAAAAUCCAAUUGGACACCUGGAACCCAAAAUACCUUAUCUGAAAUCACAAAGGACACCUUGGCUCUAUAGGACACCUAGAUCCCAAAACACCUUCUAUAUCACCAACUGACACUGAGAACCCAAAUACCUCUUUCAUCACCCAUAGGACAUCUGGAACCCGAAAUAUCUUCUCUAUCACCCAAGGGCCAACUAGAAUCCAAACCAUAUUCUCCAAAAUCUUAUAGACACUUAGACCUCAAGUACGACUUCCAUCACCUUUGGGGCACCUAGAACCCCAAAUACCUUCUCUGAAAUCCCCAGGGCAUUCUGGCCCUGUAGCGGCCCUAUAUAUGCAUUAUGGCUUCCUCCCUGAGCACAUAGUGACAGUCAGGGAGGACCAAAUAAUGCAGCAGAACCCUCUGAAAUCUGACUUCAUCGAGGACAUGGCCAUGGUGACAUUACUCCAUGAGGCUAUUGUCCUCUACAACCUCAAAGAGUGCUUUGACUCCUGGAUGAUCUGCAUCUUCCAACUAGCCUCUGGGGUGGCCCCACAGUCUACAGGGCAGCCCCAGCAUCUGUAGAGUGACCCCACAACCUGUAGGGUAGGAGGAGUUUGGUGACUUCUCCAUGAAGAUCUGAGUGGUCACCUUGUGCCCAUAGGAUUUGAGGUGCAUAGAAUGUGGUGGUUUUCCUCCAGAGUUCUUCGGUCACCUAGAACUGGAAUGUCCCAUUGGGCCACCUAGAAUAGGCACAUCCCAUCUGAAGACCCUUGAGACUGCCUAGAACCAAGUAUACUACCUGAUGUCCCUGACCCACAUCCCCUUCUCCAGACCUACCUGGGGCCAUUCUUCAUUACCAUCAAGCCAUACAAGUGGUUUCUUCUCUACAGUGCUGAGGUGGUGGCUGCCUAAUAGGGCAAGAAGCAGAGCAAAGCUCCUUCUCACAUCUUCUCCAUCUUGUAUAGCACCUAACAGAACACGCUAAUGGGUAGGGACUUCCUCUGAGACAUCCACAGCCCCAUAACUUUGUCCCCAUCCCUUCUUUGGGGCUUGGUUUGUGAGGCAAGUGGCAGAGCUUUGGGGCCUUCUUGUCUCACCAGAUCAGGAGAACCCAACCAUCCUUACUGUGUGAGUCCAACCCCAUGCUUGUAGGUUUAACCCCACCCUCAGUCCAUGACACCAUCCCUAUCCAGGUGAGGAAGAUGGUCAACAUCAAAAGGGUAUCUUGCCAUCAUCACUGGCAUCGGCAACCAUGGAAACCAUGGAAAGAAGGACACAAGGACAUGGGCAAGUUCAACAGCUUUGAGCAGCUCUGUGUUAACUUCACCAAUGAGAAGCUGCAGCAGUUCUUCAACCACCACAUGUUUGUGCUGGAGCAGGAAGAGUACAAGAAGGAGGGCAUUGAGUGGGAGUUCAUUGAUUUUGGCAUGGACCUCCAGGCCUGCAUUGAUCUCAUCGAGAAGGUACUGCCUCUCCCAGGGCAUUUUGGGAUGCUUUUCCACUUGGAGCUUGCCAGGGACCUCAAAAGUGGUCACUUGGAUGGUGCUUGGUGUCCUCUCUGGGCAACAAGGUUUUCCUCUCAGCAGCCCAUAGGGAUCAUGUCCAUCCUGGAGGAGGAGUGCAUGUUCCCCAAAGCUUCAGACAUGAUCUUCAAGGCCAAACUUUAGGGUGAGGAGGGGGUAGGAAGGGGAAAAUGUGAAGGGAUAAACUGAAGAGAAUGGGGAAAAUGGAGAAAAGGGUGGAGAAAUUGGAAAAACUAGAAAAAAAGUGAUGGAUAGGUGGAAAACUAGGUGGAGAAAUUGUAGAAAGCAGAGAAAUUUGAGAAACUGAUUGAUGGAGGGAGAUAUUGGAUGAAGAUUCAGGUGGAAAAAUUGGAGAAAGAGAUGGUUGAGAAGACGGAUAAAUGGAAGAGUAGAGAUGGAUGGCUGGGUUGGGACAGAGAAUGGGGAAGCGUGGAUGGACAGAAUGAUGCUGAGAUGGCUGCAAGGAUGAUGGGACUGAGGGAGAAAGAAGAUGGAUGGGUGAGAAAGAGUAGAUGAAGGAUUGCUGGGUAGAUAGAAAAAGCCUGGGUGGAUGGGUGGAUGGGUGGAUGGCUGGAUGGAUUUUUGGACCAGUGGAUGGACGAGACAGCUGCCAAGAUGGCCACUGCCUCACCCCACAGGAAGAGCAGGCCAACUCCAACCUGGCCAAGUUCCACAAGGCACAGCACGAGCUGGAUGAGGCAGAGGAAUGUGCCAACAUAGCCCAAGCCCUGACCUCUGUCCAAUACCUUUUGUAUCCCCCAA